GGCCAUGGUUUGUUAAUAGCCAAUAAUCGAUCGGACUUGUGGGUGGUGGAUCCGGGCCGCGUCUGGAGGGGCCCGGACCAGUUGUCGCUAUUCUUUUGCGUAUGGCAUAAAAUAAAUUGUUGUGAAAAAUGAGCGGAGAGCCGGAUGCACUGUCAGUUGUUAAUCAGCUGCGGGACUUGGCUUCAGAUCCUUUAAACCGGCGAGCCAUCGUACAGGAUCAAGGAUGUCUCCCAGGCCUCAUCUUAUUCCUUGACCAUCCCAAUCCUCCAGUGGUUUACUCUGCUCUUCUGGCUCUCCGAUAUUUAGCAGAAUGCCGUGCCAACAGGGAGAAAAUGAGAUGCGAGUUGGGGAUGAUGCUGAGUUUGCAGAAUGUCAUUCAAAAGACUACCACACCAGGGGACACACAGCUCCUUGCCACUGAAGUCUAUGACCUUCUGCAGUCAUCCAGCACAGCAGAUGGCGAUUGUAUGAAUGAGAUGAACUCACGGAGGCGGAAAGCUCAGUUCUUUCUUGGAGCCACAAAUAAACGUGCCAAAACUGUGGUCUUACAUAUUGAUGGCCUUGAAGAUACGUCCCGAAGGAGUCUUUGUGAAGAUGCCCUGUUAAAAAUCAAAGGCGUCAUUAGCUUUACAUUUCAAAUGGCAGUUCAGAGAUGUGUGGUUCGAAUUCGGUCAGAUUUAAAAGCAGAGGCUUUGGCCACAGCAAUAGCAUCUACCAAAGUGAUGAAAGCACAGCAAGUGGUGAAAGGCGAAGCUGGAGAAGAGCUGCUCGUUCCAUUUCAAGAUACUCCUGUGGAUGUGGAGCAGAACACAGAUUUACCAGACUACCUACCUGAGGAUGAAAGUCCGAUGAAGGAACAGGACAAGGCCGUGUCUCGAGUUGGGGCACAUCAGGACAGUGGAAGCAGUUGGCUCAGCAAUGCGGCAAACUUUUUAUCCAGAUCCUUCUACUGGUGACAUGGGCUUAGGGACUAAAGACUGCAACAGCAUUCAGAGAUAUUUCAAUCACCCCAGUGAAGUGCAAUUCUGCAAUAAAAUAAUCUGCAUAAAGUUUUAAAAUGACGCAAAUUACGCUGUGUUCUACAUGUACAGUAACACGCUUGUUAACCAACAUCACGGACAAAUGUUGUAGAAUGUGUUGCUUCUUUUUAUUGCCUGUUGCCUCACUUUAUAAAUGGGUCCACCCUUUGCUAUUACACUGUCCUGUUAUAAGCCAAAUGAUUGUGAUAGUGAACACUUGUUAAUGUCUCGAUUCAGCCUUAAGGUCGCUGGUAUGUCUAUUACACAGGAGUUCUCUGUCCACCUCAGUACUCAGGACCUUUAUUCCCAUUAGACAUUAGCAGUGCAUGAAUGCCUUUUACAAAAAUAUUCUUGUUCUUGCCUUA